GAAUGGGAGCUGGUGGUGCUGGGGAAGUUGAAGUGGAACCUCGCAGCCGUCACCCCACAUGAUUUCAUUGAACACAUCCUAAGGAAGCUGCCUCUACCUAAAGACAAGUUGCUUUUGAUCCGGAAGCAUGCACAAACGUUCAUUGCCCUUUGUGCCACAGAUUUUAACUUUGCCAUGUACCCACCAUCAAUGAUAGCAACUGGAAGUGUGGGAGCAGCCAUCUGUGGCCUUCAGCUCGAUGACGGGGACAGACUCACGGACCUCCUGGCCAAGAUCACAAACACAGAUGUGGACUGCCUUAAAGCUUGUCAAGAACAGAUCGAAGCGGUGCUAGUAAACAGCCUUAGGCAAGUCCGGCAGCAGCAACAGCAAAGCAAUCCUUCUAAGACGGUGGACGAACUGGACCAGGCCAGCACUCCCACAGAUGUGAGAGAUAUCAACCUGUGA